AAAAGGGCGACGAACGACCGAAGAAGAGCGAGUGAAAUUUUUUCUCCAGUCAAACUGAAUCGGGUUUGCGAGGCGACAAGACAGAAAGACGGAAGCUGUCCCGAGUUGAGAAGAUAAAAGUUUUUAUCCGGACAAAAAUCCCUGUGCAGAAUCGGUGCAAGUGAACUGAAAAGUGGUGCAAAUCGUGACUGAGGAUCCGAGGCAGCGGAAGUGCAUAUUGAAUCGUGGAAUCCGAGGUUUUUUGAGCGCCAGAAUAAGGAAAACAUCACAUGAAAAAUGUCAUCAAAGCGUAAAUCCCCGCCAAAUAAACUCUCAAAUGCCGGCUCUCCGUCAUCUCCGACGGGCGGAGGAGUUCAAAUCGAAAAGAAUAAUUUCCGUAAAAUAUCCCUCAAAAAUGAGGACUUGAUCAAGCUGUCCCCGGUGAAGGAACUGAACUGCGCCUUCGACCCCAGUUUUCUCUCGAUGCAGAAGUUGCAAGCCCAGGUGGAACCGAAAUACGUCAAGAACGAACACAGCGAGUACAUGAUGAGCCAUCACCAUGCCCAGCAGCAGCAUCACCACGCCCAUCACCAACAGCAUCAUCCGUUCGGGGCAUUUGGGGCGGGUAUCUCGGGUGGAAUGCAUCCGGCGCUAUCGAUGGACGGAGAUUUCCAUCAUUUGCCAUUUUUAAAUGUGGCCAGCUAUAUAUUGAAGGGCUCGGAUCCACCACUUGGAAAGAGCGAGAAUUAUCAUCUCGCGAUGAACUUGGACAACUUGAACAUUUCAAACAGCCAACAGCAGCAACAGGAAGCGAUGGCACAACAGGCCCCGCCCCGUAAGGUGAACAACCUGAUUCUGAACCAUUUGAAGUCGAUCGUGGAUAACUUUGAUAGCUUGAAUAAUAAUGUUAAUGAUAAAAGUACAACUACUCCACCGCCGCCAGUGGCGAUUCCGCCGCAACAGUCUACGCUAGGUGCCAACAAGAACAUAGUCAUGGACGACCCCGUGCUCCCACCUUCGUCCGGUGUCUCGAUGCUGAACAAUCACAACUCGGAGAAAAACAACUACGAAGGCUUUCGCACGCGCAUGGACGAACGUCUCAGCAAUCUGCAUCUCAGCAAGCGGGAAAUCAAUCUGAUGCGGCUGAACCUAAGCCUGUUGGACUUCCCGAACGAGAUUCCGCCGAGUUUGUUGAACAGUCGCCAUAACAACUACGAUCAACGAACAUCACCGCAAACGGGGGACGAUCUCAACUGCAGCACGUCGCAGAACAACGUGAACAUCAAGCUGAUUAAAAGAAGCUUCAAGGAGUCCCUCUACGAGAAGGAGAAAAAUAUCAACCGGCUCAUCAUGUACUUCACCAUCUGGCGCGAGAUGCUCCUGAAGGCGGAGUUUGUAAGGCUAACGGGGUGCCGCCGAACCGCAGCAGCGCCCGGAAGUGGAUUAAAACAGCGCGAUACCGCGAACAAUGCCGAUAACAAAAAGUACAAAUUUAACAACACUUCCAAAUCGAACCUGGAUCCAUCUAUGAUUCCACCGCCAUGCUCAACCGUUGUCAGCACUCCUUCCCAGCGAGCUUCGCCAACUGCAACCGCCACUGGCCCCACCGGUCUCAACCCCAGGGCUGCACUCCAGUCAAGUGUCACACCCACCACCUCCCUAUCCCCACCGGACUGCGGUACCCCUACCGGGGACGAUGUCACCGACCCGUCAGAGAACUGCAUCCAACGCUACCGGAACGUAUUCCAGGCCAUAGCCACCACCAAACCGGACCUAGGAGGCCGCGUGAUUCCGCGGAAGAACAGUCGAAAGCGUCCCACCGGAUACCCGGACGAUCUGCUGCUGGAUAAUUCUUCGCCCGUUGACCUGCGGUCCGGUCCAACAACCCCGUCAUAUGAAAUAGAUUACGACAACGGCAAGAAGGAAGACCAAAGAUAUCUGAAGGAUGACGCACCGAUCAACUUAAGCAAGCGCAAGAACGACUACCGGGAGAGUCCGAUACCGGAGUUGCACAACGGGAACAAGCUUCCGGCUAGUCUAUUCAAUCACUGUGAUCCGGAUGAUUUGAGUCAGCGGAUGGAUAGCGGCGGUGGUGGCGGAGGAAUGUCAAUGCUGGACAAGGAAGCCGAAAAGUAUUUGCUCAAACCCAAGAGGGAACGUCUCGAUCCGGAAUCUAGUCUAUUCGAUUACAAACCGGACGUGCUCAAACCCAAGCUCAGUCUGUAUCAAUCGCCCAGUCCACAUCAUAGUCCAGAGUCAGAAAAACAACAGAUGCUGAGCGAUGCCGGUUAUGGAUUGCCGCAACCAUUUUUCAUUAAAAAUCCGGACGCCCACGGAAGUCCGAUCCAACCUCCGGGGCUGCCAGUGCCAUUCAACAGUAGUGCCAUGCUGGACAACAUGAACCGCCAUCUGCUACGACAGCAACAACAAAUGAAUGCUAGCGUCCCGACCGGAGGGAGCAGCAAAAAGGACAAGUCUGCCAGUCAGCUUGCCAUGGAUCUUAACGCAGCAGAUCUAAAUUCUUCGCGGCGAUCCGGGUCGGACAAGAACCACAUCAAGCGACCCAUGAAUGCGUUUAUGGUGUGGGCCAAGGACGAGCGGCGGAAAAUCCUCAAAGCCUGUCCGGACAUGCACAACUCCAACAUUUCCAAAAUUCUGGGAGCUCGCUGGAAGGCUAUGACCAACCUGGAGAAGCAACCGUACUACGAGGAGCAGGCCAAGCUCUCGAAACAGCACAUGGAGAAGCACCCGGACUAUCGGUACAGGCCGCGGCCGAAGCGAACCUGCAUCAUCGACGGCAAGAAGAUGCGCAUCUCCGAGUACAAAGUGCUGAUGAAGAGCCGACGGCAGGAGAUACGGCAGUUCUGGACGCGGGACUACGACGGAUCCAGCGAUCAGGGCUACGCGCCGGAGAAGCCCCCCACCGGGAAGAUCAUAAAGAAUGAGGCCAUGUGAGACGAGGCCGGUUGGGAGUUGGGGCCGUUUGGGGUGUGAAUUUUUCUUCGAUUGUGGGAUGGGAAUUGUAAGCAUGGGGAGGUCUAUUAUAAAGAAAUUAAAUAUCUGGACGGAGAAAA